AUGGAACCGUGGCAGGGGGGCAUCACCGCCGCCAUCGCGAGCGGGAGGACUCCUUGGAGCCCGCGCCGGUCUUCACGUCGUGCGGCCGCCCUCGCUAGAAGCUGGUCUUCAAGGCUCGCCGGCCCUCCAUCCUCAGCAGCGCCGCGGCAGGGGGGCGUCGCCGCUGCCAUCGCGAGCUGGGACGACUUCCUAGAGCCCGCUCCGGUCUUCUCGUCGGGCGGCCGCCCUCGCGAGAACCCGCUCUUCUCAGCCCGACGGCCCUCCAUCCUCAGCGGUGCCGCGGCAAGGGGUAUCUUCGAGGUCCUCCCGCGACGCUCUCCUAGUCGUGCGGCUGCCCCAGAGGCCAGAGCUGCUCCGCGGCGAUGGGUCCGCCGAGGGGAACCCCUGCCCGUGCGCCUGCUACUGCUGCAUGGUGGCACCCCACUGCCCGGUGAGGAAGUAGGUGCAGCGGUGCGCGAGGACACGUCUGUCCUGAUCACCACGUACGAGGGCCAGCACAACCACCAUCUCCCGCCGGCGGCCACGGCCAUGGCGUCCACGACCUCCGCCGUGGCGGCCAUGCUCACCUCGGGCUCCACCUCCUCCUUCCCGGCCUCGCUCGCCCACGGCCAUCACCCCCCGCUCGCGGCCACCGGGCUGCUCGGCCCUACCACCAUGGUCUCCACCGCCGAGUCAUGCCUAGGGGCGGCGCUAGGGGUAUGCCCCUCCACAAAUUCCUGGCUCCGCCACUGGUCAUGCCCCACCAUCACGCUCCACCUCACGACUGCGGCGGCGCCGCACUCCAUCAUGCACCCCUCGUCCUACGCUGCCGCCGCCGGUUACGAGUCUAAGGCGGUCCCGGUAGCUUGGAGCAGCGGGUACCUGGCAUACGGCGCUGCACCUCUGUCCUACUACGGCAAGAGCCCGCCGGCGCUGGGGCACCUAUUCGGCGGCGGCAUGGGCGGGUCGUCGAGGCUGGAGCAGCUGUACGCCGCACAGAUGUACCUGCAGAGGACGAGCAGCCUCGAGGGCGGCCAUGGCUCGGCGGCGCCGGCCGUCACGGACACUCUCGCGAAGAGUAUAUUCUUUGAUGAAGAAUCUUAA